AUGACAAAUACAUCCACUAUAGUGGAUCGAACAACAUUGUUCAAAAUAGUUGAACAAUAUUUAACGUUCAGUGAUGAUACAUCUGUGAUAGAAUUUAUUAGUUGGAUAAAGCGAAGAUUGAAGCUGACUGAUAUAUCAUCAGUGAAAGAAUCCGGUGUUUCUUUAAUGAAUAAUACAGUUAACAACAGUGAUUUAAUUAAUACUUCUCAACUUUUCAUGUGUCGAUGUGGGCAUCGUUAUUCUCUUCGAUUUACUAUGACAGAUUUUUUAAAUGGCAAUAAUAAGAAUCCAUCAUCUUCGCCUUAUUGUAAUAGCAGUGAACAAGAUUGCAUUGAUAUAGAUACUAAUAUGAUAAGUGAUGACGAUGAUGGCAAUUUGACAAUGAUGAAUGGACAACAAAAUAUAAUAAAUGAACCAUUAAGUCCAAAUAAUAAUGGUAGUAGAGCGAAUCGUCGAAAAUUAAGCAAACCAGUAAGAAAAGAUUUAACGGUAGUACAACAACAACAAAUCGAUACAACAAAUAAAGAUAUAAUUUCAACUUCAUCACCACAUCGCUCAGUAACAAGUAGAGGAAGUAGAGAAUCAGAUUAUAUAAAUGAACCCUCACCUAAUGAAGUUACACUAAAACUUCAACGACCAAACGAAGAUAAAUCUCAAAAAAAUACAACAACAACAGUUCAAGAUGUUCCAAUUAUACAUUCCGAACAACGACAUCAUUCCACAGCAUCAUACACGAAUAGAUCAAUGUCAUUAAAUCACAAAUCAGAUCAUCAUUCCACUUCAUCUUUUCGUCAUCGAUGUCCACGUUGUGGUGUGGCGUUUUCUCAACGAAGUUCAUUAGCUCGUCAUAGACUUCGUCCGUGUGGCAGUCAUCAUGCGUCCUCAUCAAAUGUAAAAACUCAAAAUCAACUUUAUUCAAAUAAAUCAUAUUCAUCAUCUAAUCAUCGUCCCCAUCAUUCACAGCAAUUAUCAAAACUUUUUAUCUGUUCAUAUUGUUCAAUUCGUUUACAUUCACGUGAACAAAUUUCAAAUCAUGAGUCAAUGCAUCAACAAGGCUAUUAUUAUUGUAAAAAAUGUUUUGAAUUUUACAUUCCAGUUUUUGAUAAUGGCCAAUCCAGAUCACACGACUGUUGUACAAAUAGAACAAUAGCUGAACGAACAUUGUUAAAUGCAUUUACCAUUGAUGAUGAAACAACUACGACAUUAACGGAUAAUAUGACUGAAAAAAAUAACACAACGAAUGAUCAAGAACAAGUUAACGAUUUUACUGAUAAUGAUGUAGAUAUUAAACAAGAAACAACGUCGGUUAAACGUGAUGAAUAUGAUAAAAUGAUGUUUUUAACACAGAAAAAAUCUAUUCAUCAAAAACAGCAUAUCUAUAAUGAA